GCUGGAGUUUCUCUCAGUUCUCUUCAGAAGGUUCAGAGUCUCAGUCUGGUUCUGGUCCACAGAGAGCCGAUGAAGACCAUGAAGAUGAUGAAGAUGAUGCUCGUCCUCGUCCUCUCUGGUGUCUUCUGUGUCUCAGCUGAUGUUCUACAUGAGGACAUUCGUAUUAAUGGCUGUUCUGACUCUGAUGGAGAGUUCAUGUACGGUCUGGAUGGAGAAGAGCUCUGGUACGCAGACUUUAAACUGGGAAAAGGAGUCAAACCUCAGCCCAGUUUUGUGGAUCCCAUGGAGUACCAAGAAGGAGCUUAUGAACAAGCUUUGGCUGAUCAACAGAUCUGCAAAUCUAACCAGAAAAUUCAUGUGAAAGCCUUCAAGGACUUUCCACUGGAGCGAGAUCCUCCUUCCAGUCACAUGAUCUACCCCAAGGACGACGUGGAGCUGGGAGUGAAGAACUCGCUCAUCUGUCAUGUGACUGGUUUCUUUCCUGCUCCAGUGACCUUCUCCUGGACCAAGAACCAGGAGAACGUCACUGAAGGAGCCAGCAGGAACAUUCCUUACCUCAACAAAGAUGGAACCUUCAACCAGUUCUCCAGCCUUGAGUUCACCCCAAAGCUGGGAGACAUCUACAGCUGCAGGGUGGAACAUCUGGCCCUGAACGACGGUCCACUGGUCAAGUUCUAUGAUGUGCAGGUGUCUCAGCCCAGCGUUGGACCAGCGGUCUUCUGUGGAGUCGGUCUGACUGUUGGUCUCCUCGGAGUCGCUGCUGGAACCUUCUUCCUCAUCAAAGGAAACGAGUGCAGCUGAUCUUCAUCAUACAGGCGUCUCAUCUUCAUCGUCUUCAUCAUCUAAUUAAUGUUGUUAAUCAUCUCUGACUCUUGUUCAAUUAAUCAUUAAAUUAAUCUUGUGCUCUUAUUUUGAAAUCAUGAUGACAUUGUAGAGAUGAUCUCUUUUUAUUUUCUCACAUUUGUGUCUCUAAAAUAGAGUCAGACUCGUUGA